AUGUCUGCAGCAGCAAAGGUCUUAAACCCAAACCCAACUGAAUUAGAAUUACAAGUUGCACAAGCUUUUAUUGAUUUAGAAACUAACUCUGACUUAAAGGCUGAAUUGAGACCACUUCAAUUCAAGUCCGUUAAGGAGAUUGAAGUUUCGGGUAACAAGAAGGCUAUUGUCGUUCUUGUCCCAGUUCCUUCUUUAGCUGCAUACCACAAGGUUCAAAUCAGAUUGACUAGAGAAUUAGAAAAGAAGUUCCCAGACCAACAUGUUGUCUUCCUUGCAGAAAGAAGAAUCUUACCUAAGCCAGCAAGAGGUUCCAGAUUAGGCCAAAAGAGACCAAGAUCCAGAACUUUGACUGCUGUCCAUGAAAAGAUUUUGGAUGAUUUAGUCUUCCCAACUGAAAUUGUUGGUAAGAGAGUCAGAUACAUGGUUGGUGGUAACAAGAUUGCAAAGGUUUUGUUGGAUUCCAAGGACUCUACCAACAUUGAUUACAAGUUAGAAACUUUCCAAUCCAUCUACCAAAAGUUGACUGGUAAGCAAGUUGUUUUUGAAAUCCCUUCCAAGACUUUAUAA